AUGAUUGCAAUUCCCCGGGAUAGUCAAAACAACAACCGCCAACGGUCUUACGCGUUCAUUACAUUCGUCCACAGAAGUUCGGUUGAAUAUGCCAUUAAUAUCUACGAAGGGACGAAACUUUUUCACCGUUCUCUAACAUUGCGCAAGAAAUGCAAAAGUGGAACAAAGGUGCACAACCAGAGCACAAUGUCAAAUAUCAACAGUAGAGUUCCACGACAACACCAAAAUACGUUUAAUCCCGACCAGAAUCAGGAGAGUCGAUCCGAAAGAUAUAGGCAGACUAUGUUUAAUCAAUUCGUUUCAAGUUUACAUGGAAUGGUAACAUCGCAACAGGGUCAACUGCAGAACAAAGUCAAUCGAUUACAGCAACAGCGGUUUAAGCCCUAUUCCAGGAACAACGACAGGGACAAUAUGUCCUCGAUAGAUCGAAAGCAACCGAAUCAAGGAA